GCUCACAGUGUUGUUGGACACAUCUGAGCACAGUUAAAAGAGCAAAACAAAUUCCAACUGACUUUGGACUGAAGCCAUGGAAAAGAACACUGGGUCUCUGUUCAUGGCUCGCUGUGUCAGCAGUGACAGUAAAAAUAUGACUGAUCGGAUCUGAUGGAUGAUUCAUUGUGGGAAUUCCUGAUUUUUGGGGAUCUGUUGAGUAAUGCCAACCCCACCCACCCUGCAGAUUAUAUGAACCCGAGUGUUACAGUGAGACCAGACGAGAGGGCAGAACUCUGAAACACAUCAUGAAGUUGGACUUGUCGGCACGUCUGGCUUCUUUGCCAUUGUUGCUCAUCUUUCUAUCUCCAGUUUGGUGUCAGCAGCCUGUAAACUGUAGAUGGGGGCCUUAUGGAGAUUGGUCUGAGUGUGACGGCUGCACCAGGACAAAGGUACGGACUCGCCACAUUGAGGUGUAUGCCCAGUUUGGAGGUUCUCCAUGUUCAGGAGAAGCCAAGCAAACACAACCAUGUGUCCCACAGAAGUCAUGUCCCCUGAACACAGGCUGUGGAGACAGGUUUCGCUGCACCUCUGGUCAGUGUAUCAGCCGGUCUCUAGUGUGUAAUGGAGACCAGGACUGUGAGGACGGUCUGGAUGAGAGAAACUGUCAGCAAGACAGCAGCCACUACUCAUGUGACACUGAAAAAACUCCUCCAAACUCUGACUUUACAGGCAGAGGAUACGACGUUCUAACAGGCAAACUGAGAGCAGGCGUGAUCAACACUCUAAGCUUUGGAGGCCAGUGCAGGAAGGUGUUCAGUGGUGACCAUAAAAUGUAUUAUAGACUGCCACAGAACGUCCUCAGGUACAACUUUGAGGUGACAGUUAACAAUGAGGAGAGUGAUGAAUCCUACGACGACUCCUGGUCCUACGUGCAGCACAUCCAGUCCAACGCCUUGGUGGGACACGAUCGUCGCACUUUCCACAAAGAUUUCACUGAGAAUAAGGCACACAGACUUAUAAUCCUGAAGAAUAAAGUGGAGCUGGCCCAGUUCCAAAAUUCUGCCCCUCAGUAUCUGACUCUGUCCCAAGGAUUCUGGAAGGCCUUGACCUCGCUGCCGUUCACGUACGACUACUCUGCCUACCGUCAGCUGUUUCAGACGUACGGCACACACUACCUCUCCGAGGGCUCACUUGGAGGCGAAUACCAAGCCUUGUUGGAGUUAGACCGUGACUCGCUCUCGUCGACCAGUACAACAGACAGAGAGUACCAGAGGUGUUGGAGGAAGGUGAAACGCCGUCUCUUCAGGAAGAAAGUCAAGGUCACCUGUGAAAAACUGACACAAUCUCUGUCAUCCAAACAGGGACACAACAGAAUGAAGAUGCCCAUUAAGGUCAACAUCUUUGGAGGAGAUACAGCCUUCAUAAGUGCUCUGAGUGUUCUGGACCUGGAAAACCCAGAAGCUAACGGACAAAUCUACGACAACUGGGCGUCGUCUGUCAAAGACUUCCCUGACAUCGUAAACCAAAAGCUGCGUCCUCUGUAUGAGCUGGUGAAGGAAGUGGAGUGUGCCGGUUUGAAGAAGCACCACCUGAAAAGAGCCACAGAGGAGUACCUGGCGGAGGAGCAUCCCUGUCACUGCCGACCCUGCCAGAACAACGGGCAGCCGCUGCUGACGGGCUCUGUGUGUCGCUGUGUCUGCCGGCCGGGAACAUCAGGACGAGCCUGCGAGACGGGAACCAUGAUUGGAGAACAGCCAGGAGUGAUCCAUGGCAGCUGGAGCUGCUGGUCCUCCUGGGGAUCCUGCUCUGGAGGUCAAAGGUCAAGGACCCGAAGCUGCAACAACCCUGCCCCCAGCAGAGGCGGCCGCUACUGCACUGGGCUGCAGGUGGAACACAAGCCUUGUGAGGACGCAGACAUCCAGUACUUAAAGGUGAUGGAGCCUCAGUGCUUCAGCCUCUCUACGACUCCACCAAAGACAUGCGGACCACCUCCGAACCUCAGGAAUGGAUUUAUUCAGAAUCCCAAAGAUUUUUACCUGGUUGGGAACACGGUGGAGUACUCCUGCAUAUGGGGGCACUACCUCAAUGGAGACGCUAUGGCUGAAUGCACUGGAAACGGGACAUGGAGGACAGGAGCGAGGGUUUGUAAAAGUUCCACAUGUUGGUUUCCUCUUCUCAACACUGAAAUUAUAGCCACACCCAUCAAAACAGCCUAUCAGAUCGGAGAGAAAAUGUUCCUGUCCUGUCCCGCGGGGUCAGUGUUGGAGGGUGAAGUGUCAGAGACCAUGUGCAAUCCCAGUCUGCAGUGGUCUCCUUCUCCAGCCGGCGUUUAUUGUGAUGCUGCACCCACAACUCGCCCUGCUCCAUCUGGUUUGAAGUGUAAGCUAUGGGAGAGUGUAGGAGAAACGCAGUGUGUGUGUAAGAUGCCACAUCAGUGCUUGACUUCUCUGCAGUUGUGUGCCAGGCUCGGCUCAAGCCGAACCCGUUUACUUGGAGUGUGUCAGCUCGGAGCUCUGCAGUGUAUUGGGCGGAGCUUCACACUGGCCAAUGACAAUGACUGCGGCUGGCCAGACAAGGCGUCCAUAUCCUGCGAUGACUGCACACCAGGGACAAUCUGUCAGGAUUCAACAAGAAAAUGCAUAUGUCAGAACGUGUCAGAAUGCCCUAAAGACUCCGCCCCCCUGUGUGUCACCUCUGGCGUUGGCGGCGUUGCCAGGACGAUGACCGAAUGCGAGGUUGGGGCCAGAAGGUGUGCUGGGGAGCAAAUAAACGUGAACAGUAUUGAGGCUUGUCCAGAAUGAAGAUGGCUGUUGUUAUUUUAGUGAACAGUCCCAUAAUGUAUAUAAAGAAGGAACUGAAUUGUAAAUAUAAAUUUUCUAGCCCUUGAAUGAUGUAAAUAUUUCCUCUGCCAUGUAAACUAUAUGAAAUGCUUUGACAUCUUUAAAAAUUCUGUGUAUGCCAUUAACUGUCACUAAAUGUCACACUAGAGCACCAGCGUCAGAGCACAGCAAAUGGGUACUCCUUUCUACCAGACUCCAUUGACAAAAACAGUGAUCUUAAUUCACAGGUUAUCAUUCAUACUGCACCAUCUUCAUUAGUCUUUACACUAUACCAACAAUCACCAACUUACCUUUUAUUGUCCGAGUUAGAUGUGAAAAUAUUUUGGUUCUAUGCCUCAGCUAGCAGCACGAAAAUGUAAAGAAUGUAAAACAGCUUGUUGUUGCCACUGACAGGCUCAGAUUGUUAUUGUAUUUCCAGAAUGAGAAAUAAAAGAAUAAAACAUG